CAAUUGGAACUGUGUCAGAGAUUAUAUAAACUGCACUUCCAGCUGCUGUUGCUUUUUCAGUCCUACUGUAAACUUAUUGGACAAGUGCAUGAAGUCAGUUCCAUGCCAGAGCUGUUAAAUAUGUCAAGAGAACUGAGUGAGUUGAAGAAAAAUCUGAAGGACGCUACUGCUGCAAUCGCAGCUGAGCCUCUGACGACGGAAUCUGAGCCCACAUUCAAUUCUACGGAAGCAGCUAUUCAGUCCAUGCUGGAGUGUUUGAAAAACAAUGAACUUGUUAAAGCUGUCCGGCAAAUAAGAGAAUGCAGGAUUUUGUGGCCCAAUGAUAUCUUUGGAAGUAGCUCUGACGAUGAAGUCCAGACACUACUGAACAUUUACUUCCGGCACCAAACCUUGGGUCAGACGGGCACCUAUGCACUGGUGGGCUCCAACCAGAGCCUGACUGAAAUCUGUACCAAAUUAAUGGAACUGAAUAUUGAGAUCCGCGACAUGAUUCGCAGAGCUCAGAGUUACCGGGUCAUCAAUACUUUUCUUCCAGACUCCAGCAUUUCCGGCACAAGUCUCUGACAGGACUCUUGUGUCCUCUUUCGAGCUGGGAGUGCUGCCCUGUUGGAGUGAGGUGGCUCAAUGUCUUCUCAGCCUUACAAAGGUUUGGUCAAACUGUACUCACUCUUGUUACAUUUAAGAUUUCUUCUAAAAAGAUAUGGGCUGAGCUUCAAAUGUGUAGCAAUACUGUAAGGACAAAGGUAGCGUAGAGCAUCUGGAACAACAUCCUUUGUUCUCUGUUGCACAAAAAUCAGUUAGCAUUUCACUGAGCAAUUGCAACUCACUACUGAAGAAGUGACUUCCAUUGCAUACCAAAGCCUACUACACUGAACAAUACUUCCUUUAUAGCAAAUUAAUUUUAGGUUGGCAAAAGUGCAAUGUUUCCUUCACAAAAUAAUAUUUUUUGUUUAAAAAAAAACCAACAAACUUUUACAUGUUUUCCUUUUUUCUUUUAUUCGGUUGAGUGAAAGAUGGGCAGAAUGAAGCUGGCCACCGAAUCUUGCAAACUUGUUGGUCAAAAGCUGAGAGCCUGUGUAUAUGAAACAAAUUGUAAAUGGACUACAGUUUAAUGUACACUGUAAUUUGAAUA